AUGGACUGGAGAAGAGGAAUCUGUAAGUACAAAGUUCUGCUUCAAAUGCCUCCACCUUCCCUUAUUCCAGGAGAGAAGCAGGAAAUCCAAAGCCUUGCUGCUCAGGAGGAUAAAGAGGGGCACUGGUUCCUCCCUGAUGGCAGAGAGGAUGAUGGAGAGGAGCUUUGGUAUAAUAAAGCCUGUAAAUGUGAUUGUCAAGGCAGUUCCAAUUCAGUAUGGUCAACUGGAGCAACCAGCUUGGGCUGUAUGCCAGAAUGCCCAUACCAUAAACCUUUGGGCUUUGAAUCAGGAGCUGUUACUCCAGACCAAAUCACUUGUUCCAAUCCAGAACAGUACAUAGGAUGGUAUUCUUCAUGGACAGCAAACAAGGCGCGUCUCAAUAGCCAAGGUUAUGGGUGUGCAUGGCUCUCCAAAUACCAGGACAUCAAUCAGUGGCUACAGAUAGAUUUGAAAGAGAUCAAGGUGAUUUCAGGGAUCCUUACACAGGGACGCUGUGAUGCUGAUGAGUGGAUGACUAAAUACAGUGUACAGUACCGGACUUAUGAGGGUUCAAACUGGGUUUACUACAAGGAUCAGACUGGCAACAAUCGAGUGUUUUAUGGGAACUCAGACAGAACAUCCUCUGUCCAGAAUCUCCUAAGGCCUCCCAUUGUUUCCCGUUACAUCCGUUUAAUUCCCUUGGGCUGGCAUGUGAGGAUCGCCAUCAGGAUGGAGCUGUUGGAGUGCAUGAAUAAAUGUGUUUAGCAUUGUAAAGGAGCAAUGUAGCACAGGAUUAGACAGAUCAUUCUUUCAGAAGAAAAAUGAAUAGUACACCAUUCAAUAGAAAAAUUGAAUUUUGCAAAUGCUUUCACAUAUCAGAACCCCUCAUCUAAAUUUCCAUUGAAUUUUCCACCUUGAAAAAAACAAAGGCAACAACAUUUUACAAGUGGUGUAGAUUUCACAAGGCACCUGUCUUCUGCAACCAAAGAUUUGGUUGCAUACAAAAAUAUGAAAGAAAACACUUUCUCCAAAGCCAGUUUCUUGUGGAAAAGAUACAAUUAACAACUUAUCUGUUAAAAUCUUUUCCUGGGUGUCAGUAAUCUGAGGAACCGUAUAAAACCAAUGAGGUCACAAAUUACUUUGAAGGUGUAGGUUUUCUUUUAAUAAGCUACCGAAUUAAGAAUCAGCACAAAUGUUUGAAGAUUCAGGUUCAUAGCUUAUCUGUCAGCUCAGAGGAAGCAUAAUUACUUUUUCUUCACUUAUGGUCUAAAACUAUUUUAAGUCUCAAAAGUGCAUGCAGGAACAUUUUAA